CUUUACAGUUAACUUGUCCGUAUCAGAAAAAAAAAAAUUAAAUCUCCAAUUCCAAAAAACAUUGAGUGCAAAAAUCUCAGAUCCAAUCACACUCCACCAAAAUGCUCACCGCCAACUUUACCGCCGUCCUACUCCUCCUCCUCGUCACCUUCUGCUCCGGUCAGACUCCUCCGGCACCAGAACCCAUCGCAGCCGAUGGACCUUCAUCUCCGGCGAACUGUCUAGUAUCUAUGCUAAACGUAUCGGACUGCUUCUCGUACGUUCAAGUGGGAAGCAAUGAGAUCAAGCCUGAAGCUGCUUGUUGCCCUGAGCUUGCUGAUAUGGUUCAAAGCUCGCCUGAAUGCGUUUGUAAUCUUCUCGGCGGUGGCGCGUCGCCGCGUUUUGGAGUUAAGCUUGAUAAGCAAAGAGCUGAGCAACUCUCAACCAUCUGCGGUGUGAAAGCUCCAUCUCCUAGUUUGUGUUCAGUUCUAGGUUUUCCGACGAUAUCCCCAGCCGGAAGUGAAGAUUCAUCAUCUGAAGAUUCAGAAGGGUCAAAGAAAGAUAAGAAAAAUGGUGGUGCGACUUCUAAAGAUUAUGGAGUAGCUUUGAACUCCUUAGCCUUUAUAUUAUUGUUCAUGAUUUUUUCUUUAUUCUGAGAGUUACAUAACUUCACUAGGUGAUCCAGCAUAUAUUCUCGACUAUCUUCUCAUGUGUGUUUCUUAUGGAACUAAGGUUCUAUAUUAUUUUUACACUGUAUGUAGUUUACUGAGCUUAAGUUAUGGAUGUUAUGAAUAAAGAUCUUCCAUAUUUCAAAUACAAAUCAAUGAUGGAAUUGACCAUUGAA